AGUAAAGACGGAGGUUAAUCUUUAAACGUGCAUAAAAACCUUAUCAGCUCACAGCCGGGUGCAUUCCAGGUUAGCAUAUUUAGAUAUACAUUCCCGUUGCAUUGGACAACAUGUCAUCCAGUACUUGUUGGAAACUAUUAAGUGUCGUACUUGGUAUAUUAGAGGCUGCUAGUUACUCUGUCACGUUAUUUGGAUGGCCAGCCUUCACGUACGUAUUUAUAGAGGAAGGGUUUUAUUAUUCCCGUUGUGACUUCAAUACUGUAACAAAUGUUACUUAUAACAUGACGAGUGCUGAUUGCACUGAUCUUGGCAACUGCACGCAAGACACAACCGGAGAGGACCUUGUUCUUAAAUGCACGGAACAAGAAGAGAUGCUGAACUUAGUUUACACAGUUGCUAUGGUAUCUUUAGUUGCUCUCCUUGUGCUUGGGUAUAUUUAUGAUCACGGUGGGACAGUAUGUGUGAGAAUCAUAUCUAUAUGCCUGUGUGCCGGUGGAAUUUGCCUGAUGGCGUUAGCAGGGAGAGGGACAGAAUGGCUGUUAUUCCCUGGGGCUGUAUUUCAUCUAAUGGGAGGCAACCAAUUGGCUAUAACUGACGUCCAGGUGGCGCUGCUAUUUCCCAAGCUGAAGGCGACACUCACCUGCUUGAUUUGCGGUGCCAUGGACGUCAGCGGCUUUGUCCCCAUACUCUUAAAGAUGGCCUACCAGGCUGGAUUGUCGUACAAGACGUGCAUGUUAAGCUUUGCUGGUAUCAUACUUCUAAUGUCUUCUGUCAACACAUUCAUCCUUCCACCUAGACAGGACGAAGACGGGAACAACAUCGACAUUAAUUGCUGUUUGAAGAUACGCAAAAGGCACAGCUUAACCAAAAAACACCCCAAACCCUACCUGGAAAGUUGUAGAAAUGGCGCUGACACAUUCCAUGAAACGGGAGAAAAUGAAUCUGUCACACGUGAGCAACUCGCCCUAACAGGCCACGUCAAGGCCGAUGUGGAGGCAACACGUGGGGACAACGAUAAAAUAACUGAUCUUCAAGAUGUGGGUUUUAGCAUCAGGCAUCAAAAUAAGAGCAAAACCAAUUGCAAGGAAACGUGCGAUGACGGAAGUGACCAGAUGCUCCGCGAAGGAGAAAAUUCUGACAGCAAAAAAGAUGACGAAAACACUAACACCAGUUUACUAUAUGGCACCCUGCUGAUUCUCAAAAGGCUCACAUUUUGGUUGUUGAUGUUGUGGCUUAUAUGUCUAGAUACCAUUAUUGUCACGUACAAAGGCUGUUUUUACGCGAUCAUCAAUUACUACGGAAAUAAUGUCAAAAGCACAGUAAGCACGUAUACGGACUUGUAUUCCUGGUCCCAAGUGGGUUCUCUGUUCUGGGCAUUGCUGAUCGGCUUGAUGCUGGAUAAACUCAUGGCCAGGUCAAAGAAAGACGACAAAGAACGAUGCUUCAUGGUUCCAUUUUUCCUGACAGUAUUGAUAGGCAUCGUUGUAUCCAUUCCGUGUAUCAUUCCAAUUCUCGAGCUACAGUUUGUGUCUAUUUUCUCUCAGUCUGUGUUACAAACAGGGACCUACGCCGUGCAUAUGGCAUUUGUGGCCUCUGCGUUUCCACAGGAACAUUUUGGAAAGACAUACGGAAUACAGGCUGCAGUCAGUAGUUUCCUGAAUUUCCUUGAAAUACCAAUAUUUUCCUGGUACAAGUACGGCCUGGAAAGUGACCCGCGUUGGUUGGGAGUAUUGUUCCUUGGAAUAUGUGUCACUGCCAGCUGUUUGCCUUUCUACCUCCUUUGGCAUGGGUGCCGCUCCACGAGAUCUAACAGCUACACGCUUUAAAUAUAUUUUGAUAUUUUGGCAUAAACAUUACUUCUGCGUCCAUAGUGGUAUCAGAGCCAACUGAUAAAGUAAAAUAUAUUGGUUGGUAUUUGGCCAGCUAAGUUGUUUUUUUCAAACUUGUGUGAGAUUUUACUAUUUCUUUUUCACUAUAUGCAGGCCAUCAAGAUGGUGCCCAACACUGUCUCUGGACAGUUAUCCUAUGAGCAAAGAAGAUAAUUACUUUGAUGAAUGAUAGUACCCACUGGUUAAAAUGGGUGCCUGCUAUCCUCCAAAUAACUCCUCUCCAGAGGAUAAUAAUUGUAUCCCAUGGAUAGUGUUAUCCUCGGAAUGUCUGUCCAGAGGAUAAUUAUUGCAUCCAAUGGAUAGUGUUAUCCUUAGAAUGCCUGUCCAGAGGAUAAUAGUUACAGCCAUUGGAUAGUGUUAUCUUAAGGAAAAUAAUUAUAGAGGAAAAUAAUUAUAUCCCAUGGAUAGUGUUAUCCUCAAAAUGUCUGUCCAGAGGAUAAUAGUUACAGCCAUUGGAUAGUGUUAUCUUAAGGAAAAUAAUUAUAGAGGAAAAUAAUUAUAUCCACUGGAUAGUUUUAUCCUCAGAAUUCAACAUGUAACUGUCCAAAGAAUAAUAAUUAUAAUUACAGAAAACAGGUAUUAUAUCGAUAUAAUGAGGCACACCCUAUUAAACUACCCAUUACCUUUUACAUACCAUUAAUACUACGUGGCAAAUCCCACUUAUUUCGUAUUUCUUAUACUGUUUUUAUAUUUAUAUAUUUGUAUCUGGGAUACGAAUGCAUGUUUUAUCUUUGACAUUCAGUGAUAGGAAAAGCUGGUAUACUCAUAGUUAAAUCAGAAUAUAUUAAAAUAAAAGCUGCCAUAAUUAUUUCUUAAAAUAUUCACUUCCCAAUGAUCAUGAAGAAUGCUGCAAAACUUUUCAUCCAAGCUGUCAUCCCUGUUAAAACCUAUAUACUCACAA